UUUCCGGACAGUAACUCGGAAGCAGCUGCGCGCUGUAAAGCAAUAACAGCCAAUUAAUGCUUUUUAAAAAUUCCUUUGUAAAAUGUAAGCGGUAAAUCCUCGUGGACAUCACGUGACUUACUGUGCGUGGCAGUGCGCCAUACGCGUUGUUUUACGUCGAGUCAGGAAUACCUGUGGUUGUGGAAAAUGACACAAUCGAGCAAAGAAACCGAAAAAGGGAGGCAACGUUUUGAUAUUAAUUGAAAACGCUAUGAAAGGAAGAUAACAAGGUCCAAAGGGAAUCACAUUUCACAGAGACGCCCCUCCCUGUUUUUACUUUGGGCAUUUCUGCGUCGUCCCAACUGUUGCGCGGCAGCACCAGGGAGGUUUGCUGCCUCCAACAGGUGGAAGUGGCCGCAUGUUGGGUCUUUUCAAAGCGGCUGGCCCCUCCGUAACACCCACGUGUGCCUGGUGGCGGAGGCACUUUGUCUGCAAUUACGUGGCAGUGGAGACGACAUGAGACAGCGGCAUGCUUCCCUCUGGGGUCACCACUUUCCCAUAUCAACACAAGCGCCAGGUCACGCUCCCAGCUCCCCCCCUACCCCCACCCCGGGGCUCUUUCUCUCGCGGUCCAUUUCUCCACCUGCUCCCCGGAGGCACACUCAUUGUCCCCACGGCUAUAAACACUUCAUUGAGCUUGUGGCAGCCCUGCGCUCCCUCAAGCCCUUCCCAGCGCUCCCAUUGGCUCCGGGGACUGUGAGAAACUCCGACAGGACUCAGACUCACACAUUCAUAUGGAGAUGUGUGUGUAUAAAUACGGGACAGGAGCGGCGGAGACGGGGCAGCACAGACUCGACCCGGCUCUUCACGCUGAGCUGAAAGCGCUCCUCUUACUCUGCAGCGAUGGCGCCCACUGCUUACGGCCAAGCCAGCAAGGAGCACCUGACUCCCGCUCACAAGCUGAGAAAGCCGAUGGUGGAGAAAUUACGCAGAGACCGCAUCAACACCAGCAUCGAGCAGCUGAAAUCCCUGCUGGGUCCCGAGUUUCUCCGGCAGCAGCCGGACUCGAAGCAGGAGAAGGCCGACAUCUUGGAGAUGGCCGUGUCGUACCUGAGGAGCUGGCAGCAGCAGCAGCACCUGACCUCCGGCCCCAUGACGGCCAGGGACGGCUACUCCCGCUGCGUCCAGGAGGCCGUCGGCUUCCUGUCCCGCAGCGAGGUCCAGACUCAGGCUCACCGGCUGCUCCUCGGCCACUUCCAGGGCCUGCAGGCGUCCGGCAGGAACGGCCUCGGCCUCGGCAGCCCCUCUCCACCAGGCUCUCCCCUCCAUCGGGUCAGCUCCAACAAGGAGCUGGACCCGACCGGCGGCUCUCUGUGGAGACCCUGGUGAAACCUCCCAACAGAGAGAGAGAGAGAGAGAGAUCACUACGUCUGUGAACGUCAUGGACAGAAAAGUAAAAGACUCCCCUGGAGUCUAACUUCCUUCAACCUUGGGCACAAGUUUAACUGUGUAGUGAAAUUGUGCUGGUGUUCCCAUGGAAGGACUGAAAACAGUCGGGUUGUACUGAAUAUCCACACCAUGUGUGUUCGUUCCUUCAAAAGACUUACUCUGUGAUUAGUUGCUUCUCUGUUCCUGAGUGGAACGUUAAUGGAAAGCCAUUGCUGUGCCGUUUGAACCAUGUUGGUUUUAUUUUCUGUAAGUGUCUGAGACAUUUGCCGGAACAAUCUGUGUAUCGAUACUGAGUACCAGCGAUUUAUAUGUUUCAUCAUUUGCAGUUGAUGAAGUUUUAUCGAGCCAGUGGAUCCAUGUUUACUGUAAUCCUGUUGGGAUUGUAACACGUGUAUUUGUAACCAUUGUUUGGCUUUUAUUUGAAUGAGUGUAACUGGAAGUUCUGUUUCCUGUCUGUUUAUGACGUCCAUAAUAGAUGUUUCACAUCUUCUACUUGAUGCCUUUUACAAAGGUAUUUUAUUCUCGCUUCAGACUUUACUGAAACAAUCUCUCGUGUUGCUUCUGUGAGAAGUUUGCAUUUGAAAAUGUGAAAUAAAUCAACUUCUGAUGAAGUUUUAAACACAGAAA